AUGGCCGAAUUUCAGGCUGCAAAUGCAACCAGUGGCGCUCAGAAGCGUCCCAAUUUCCUUGUCAUCGUUGCAGAUGACCUUGGAUUCAGUGACCUUUCUUGCUUCGGGGGAGAAAUAAGGACUCCAAAUAUCGACAAGAUAGCAAGCAACGGGAUCCGUUUCACAGAUUUCCACGCGGCAGCAGCAUGCUCGCCCUCACGUGCCAUGAUUAUGACUGGAACUGACCACCAUAUAGCCGGCCUAGGUAAUCUCAUCGAGUGGACCAACAUAUCUGGCCAGAAUGCGCCAGCAGAAGGCAAUGCAAAGCGGUUCGAUACAGCUCCUCAGCGCGGCAUGCCGGGAUAUGAGGGAUAUCUUAAUGAAAGAGUUGCCACACUGCCAGAGAUAUUGCAAGACGCUGGUUAUUCCACCCUGAUGUCCGGCAAGUGGCACCUUGGUCUGACACCUGAACGCAGUCCAAAAGCUAGAGGUUUUGAAAGAAGUUUUGCACAUUUGCCGGCAUGUUCUAACCAUUACGCCUACGAGCCCCAACUUCAGACUCCUGACAAGAUCCCCGAGUUCAUGACCAUGUCAUUCAUUGCUCUCCACUCAGAGGAUGGUGAGUAUGUCAAGAAGCUUCCGGAUGGAUGGUACAGCAGCGAUGGAUACGGUGACAAGAUGCUUUCUUACCUACAAGAGCGCAAUGAGAAGAAGGACGAAAGACCUUUUUUUGGCUACCUGCCCUUCACUGCGCCUCACUGGCCUCUCCAAGCUCCGGAUAAGUACAUCGCUCACUACAAAGGUGUCUACGAUGACGGACCAGAAGUUUUGAGGCAGACACGUCUACAAAGGAUGCAAGAUAUCGGUCUUAUUGCUCGCGGUGUUGAGCCGCACGAAGUGAUCGCAGACGAAGUCAAAGCUUGGGAGGCCCUGACGUCCGACGAAAAAGCCAAGUCUGCUAAGGCCAUGGAAGUUUUCGCCGCCAUGGUUGAAUGUAUCGACGCCAAUGUUGGCAAAGUUGUUGACUAUCUCGAGAAGAUUGGAGAACUCAACAACACGAUGGUUUGUUUCAUGUCUGACAAUGGUGCUGAAGGAGCUGCUUAUGAGGCAUAUCCCAUUGUCCAGGGUGAAAUGAUGCAGCACCUGAAGAGAUAUUACAACAACUCCAUUGAAAAUAUUGGUCGAGGAGACAGUUUUGUCUGGUAUGGGCCACGAUGGGCACAAGCAGCAACAGCUCCAAGCCGAUUGUACAAGGCCUUCACCACUGAGGGAGGCGUUCGUGUCCCUUUCGUUGCUCGCUUCCCUGCAAAUAUUGAGACUCGUUCUGACGGCUUCAUUGACGGUCCUGUAGAGGUCGCUAGCUCUGGUUCUCACGUCAGCGUCGAGAAAGGCAGUAUCACCCACGACUUUGCCACUGUCAUGGAUAUCUGUCCCACAAUCCUCGAGAUGGCAGGUGUCUUACAUCCGGCACCUACGUACAAGGGCCGUGAGAUUGUCGCGAUGCGUGGUCAGAGCAUGCUAUCUUUUAUUGAAGGUCGUGCUCAUUCAACCCAUCCUGAAGAUCAUAUCACAGGCUGGGAGACAUGUGGUCGUGCGGCCGUGCGCUGUGGCGAUUGGAAGAUCGUGUUCAUUCCGAAACCAAAAGGUCCUGAGAGGUGGCAAUUAUACCACCUCUCGAAAGAUCCUGGCGAAAUUCAUGAUCUUGCUGAACAAGAGCCUGAACGUCUGGCUCGUAUGAUCAAGAUGUGGGAUCAGUAUGUUAUCGAAACAGGCGUCAUUCCUCUUGCACCCGAAUUAGGAGCUUUUCUUGAAGCCACCGAGGCGCAGAUGCCUGAAAAUGCAUGGAUGGAAUAUGAGUACUGGAAAGAUGGAGCUAGAGAUGAGCCUGAGAAGUUCUUCAGGCAACCUCCAAGAUUUCAGAGGACUGUUCAGCCAAUCUGA